GUUCCCGGCUCCGUUGCGGGCUCUGCUGCAGGCUCUCCGGUCGCUGUGACACGACCAGGCCCAGGUCUGCCUUGCCAGGACUCCGUAUUCCAGGAAUCUACCUCUCCAGAAGUAGGAAGAAAAAAAUGACCACAUUCAAGAGCUGCUGUAUAAGGGGGGUUCCUGAUUUCAUCUUCCACCCAGGAGACGGUGACGUUCAAGGACGUGGCUGUGGUCUUCACGGAGGAGGAGCUGGGGCUUCUGGACCCCGCCCAGAGGAAGCUGUACCGAGACGUGAUGUUGGAGAACUUCGGGAACCUGGUCUCUGUGGGUGAGGACAUCAGCCCUCUAUUACUGAAUGGCAUCAACCAUUUAAACGAGAUGUGGUCCACUUGGUAAGAGAAGGAAAGUUUUGGAUGGUGAAGUUAGCAACCCAAAGAAAAGGCAGUUCAGGAGAAAAAGUCCAACAUGAGAUGGAGACUAUUCUUAAAGCAGAACCACAUGAAGAACUUUCCUGCUGGCAAAUCUGGCAACACAUUGCUAAUGACUUAACCCGGUGUCAAGACUCCAUGAUAAAAAGUUCUCAAUUCUACAAACAACGCGAUUUACCUGGCCAGGUUGGGGCAGGACUGUCUAUAACUCAGACAGGCCAGAGAACUUACCAGGGAAAUGGGUGUAAAAAAUUCUUCAGUGAUACCUCCAACUAUGAUCUUCAACAGUUAAACUCAGAAGAGAAGUCUCAUACAUGUCAUGAGUGUGGGAAAUGCUUCUUUUAUAGCUCAGCACUUCGUAUUCAUCAGAGAGUUCACCUGGGAGAGAAACGGUAUAGAUGUGAUGAGUGUGGUAAGGAAUUCAGUCAGAGCUCACAUCUGCAAACCCAUCAGAAAGUCCACACUGUAGGGAAGCCAUUCAAAUGUGAGGAGUGUGGGAAAGGCUUCAGUCGUAGAUCAGAACUUAGUAAUCAUUGCAGGUUACACUCGGGAGAGAAACUUUAUAAGUGUAAGGGAUGUGGGAAGGCCUUCAUUAAUGCUUGCCAUCUUCAGGACCAUCAGAGAGUCCACACUGGGGAGAAGCCGUUCAAGUGUGAUAUCUGUGGUAAGAGCUUUCGUCGUAGAUCAGCACUUAAUAGUCAUUGUGUAGUCCACACAGGAGAAAAACCAUACAAAUGUGAGGAGUGUGGGAAGUCCUAUACUUGGCGUUCACGUCUUCGUAUCCAUAAGAAAGUUCACAUGGGACAGAAACCACACAAAUGUGAGGAAUGUGGAAAGAGCUUCUUUUCUAGGACACAUCUUUAUUACCACCGGAGGUUCCACACAGAGGAGAAACCCUAUAAUUGCAAGGAAUGUGGGAAGAGCUUCAGAUGGGUCUCACCUCUUUUGACACAUCAGCGAGUCCACAGUGGAGAAAAACCAUUCAAAUGUGAAGAGUGUGGGAAGGGAUUUGGUCAGAAAUCAUGCCUGCAAGCUCAUCAGAAAGUCCACACCAGAGAAAAACCAUACAAAUGUGAGGAGUGUGGGAAGGGCUACAAGACAAGCUUGGAUCUUGAUGUGCACCAGAGUGUCCAUAUGGGAGAGAACCCAUACACCUGUAGGGCAUGUGGUAAGCACUUCACUAGGACCUCAAAUCUUAAAGUUCAUCAGAGAGUCCACACUGGAGAGAAACCGUACAAAUGUAGUAUGUGUGGUAAGGUCUUCAGUCAGUCUGGACAUCUAAAGUCCCAUCAGAGAGUUCACACAGGGGAGAAACCUUAUAAGUGUAAGAUAUGUGGUAAGCAGUUCAGUUCAAGUUCCUAUGUUAAAAUUCAUCACAGAAUCCAUGCUGGUGAUAAAUUUCAUCCAGUCUCGUAGGGAAACCAUUUGUUUCAGUAACAAUGUUUCUGCCAUAGCUGAAUACAUCCUGGUGAUCCCAAGAUCACACAAAUGGUGCAAUGAGGACUUUAGUUAGAACCUUAGCAGUUGUAGUUUUCACUCAAACAGGCUGAAAUAAUCUUUCUUUAGGCACUUAUCAAACUCUAAUGGUGGAUAUUAAAAUUGAUGUCCCCUGAAAUACAAGCUUCGUGAGGGCAGGGAGUUUAUUUGCUGUUGAAUUUAUACAAUCAACACUGAGUAGCACUCUGUAUGUGCACUUAGUACUUGCUAAGUGAGUCAAAAAGAAGAGAGAAUUAGGGAAGAUAGCAGAGUAGGAGGAUCCUAAGCUUUCCUCCUCCCAUAGAUACAGCUAGACAACAGUCACAUCAGCGUAAGUAACCCAGAAAUGGCCUGAAGACUGGCAUAACAAACUCAUCAACUAAAGGUAGAGAAGAGGCAAUAUCAAAGAAGGUAGGAAGGGCAAAGAUGCAGUUUGAGAGUGAAACAGACUGUGGCCAUCUGUGCUGGGGACAGAGCUGGUGAUGUGGAGAAGGCAAAAAACAGAUUAUCACAGUGGGGAGACCACAUGGGGAAGACAAAUCCCCGUAACAUUUGGCUUUGAAAGUGAGAGGGGCCAAAUUUCAUGAGUUCUUACAACCAGUGGGACUUAAAGCCUGGAUUUUCAAUGUUUGUGGGCUGGGCUCUGGGAGAGCAUGACAACCAACCAGUGGAGGUACAGCCAGGAAUCAGCAGUUUGAAAAAUGCCAGGGGCAGACGGGAGAGAGAUUGACUUAAUCAGAGCAUGGCCUGGAGAGGCAGGGACCCCUCCAGGAACAAAGGAGCUGGUAGGCACCACUUCCCUCCACAGCCCCCUGGCAUGAACACAUGGCCUCUUGCUGGAACCAACGUGGUGCCAACACUCCUUACCUAACUUGCUUACACGGAGCCCCGCACCCCUGUGGUCCAGUGGAGCCGCCUUUCCCCAUCACACUCGCUUCAGUCCUGGCACUGCAAGCCCCCUCCCCCGGGAGAUCAGAGCAAACCCCACAAACCCCUCAUCUGACCUGCAUGUUUCAUGGGAUAUCACGUCCAGAGGUGGCAGUGGCAGCAUGCAGACCAACACACAUUAGGAUGUGCCCCACCCCGCUGAAGACCAGACGCUGCCCACAACGGGCAGAGAGAGCCUCCGCAGAUGACUGGACUGAAGGAAAAAGAGGCCAGGACACAACGGCAGGCACAGGCAACACGCUUAGGAGACACUCCCUGAAGCGACGGUUCCCAGGGAACAGGAGACCAUGCACUGCAGGGCAGUACAGACACCUUCGUGAGGCCGUUACCUUUGAGAGCCAAGAGACAUAGCUGACUAAUAAUACACAGAGAUAGAGACAAAAUGAGGAGGGGUGGUAUCUCCAAAUGAAAGAACAGGACGAAACCACAGCAAGAGACCUAAGCAAAACAGAUGUAAGUAAUAUAUGCCAGAUAGAGAAUUUAAAGUAAUGGUCAUAGAGAUACUCACUGGACUUGAGAAGAGUGAAGGACAUAGUGAGAACCUUAGCACAGAGAUUAAAAAGAACCUAUCAGAGAUGAAGAACACAAUAAAACACUUGAUGGAAUAAGUAAGUUAGAUGACUGAGGAAUGAAUUAAUGACCUGGAAGGCAGAGUAAUGGAAAGUAAUCAACCUGAGCAAAUAAAAAAAAAAAUAUGCAAAUUGAGGAUAGUCUUAGGGAAAAUUUAUUUGAAGAAAAAAUUGCUGAAAAAUUCAUUUUUGUGGGGAAGGAAACAUAGAUCCAGGAGGCACAGAGAGCACCCCGAAAAUCAACCCAAGAAGGUCCAUACUGAGACACAGUUCUUAAAAUGGCAGAAAGUUGUGAUAAAAUAUUAUAAUCAGAGAAAAUGUGCAAUAUUUAAAAAUUGUAUCUGGAAAAGGAAACCAGCAAAAAAAAUAAUUCUGAGAAACAAAUAGGAAUUGAAAUGCAGAAAUACACAGUACUGCAUUCCACAGCAUUAUUUUGGUAGUAUCCUAUUGCAGUUGGCUCUUGGUAUACCCUCAGCCUCUAUUCUGUGGUUGGGUUAUUUUUUGGGUUUUGAUUUCAUGUUCCAUUGGUUUAUACAGUAGAAAAUCAACUCUUGUGAUUUUUCUCACAUUGCAGACAAUUUUAACACUGAUAACUGGCCACUGCACAUAGCUUAAUUGAAUUUUCUCAACAAUGUUAAGGCAAGGGUUCAAAGUAACAUUAAAAGUGUCAGAGUAAUGAUAAAAAUUUUAAUUUUGAGUUCAUUGAUUUUUAAAUUUCUGCAUUUCUGUGUAAUCUUUUAUAUGAUUGCCUUCUAAUUGUAGCACUUUUUUUCUUUUUUUAAAUCAAACUUCUAUGGUAGAAGCUAUGUCAAAUUUGAAGGACAUUUAGCUUGUCAGCUUCCCAUAUUCUUCCCUCAUCCCCAUGAAAUAAAUAAUAGAAAAAUU